AUGGACGAGAAAAAGUACGAUGCCGACACGGCCGUCACCCCCGCCGCCGAGGCCGGCAAGAACGUCCACUCCUCGCAGGUGUACGGCGACGAUAUCCAGAAAGGUCUUAAACGCGGUCUCAAGCCGCGCCAUAUUUCACUCCUCACCCUCGGCGGCAUUAUCGGCACAGGCCUCUUCCUCGGUACGGGUAACGCGCUCGUCAAGGGUGGCCCGGUUGGUCUUUUCCUCGGAUAUGCGAUUUACGGCUGUGUUCUUAUUUGCAUCAUGCAAGGUAUCGGCGAGAUGACAGCUUACCUCCCUGUCCCAGGUGGACACAUGACUUAUGCCGGGCGAUUCGUCGACCCUGCGCUCUCGUGGGCCAUCAACUGGUCCUACGCUAUCCAGUGGAUGCUAGUGUGCCCUGCAGAACUCGUCGCCGUCGCCGUCCUCAUGAACUACUGGGUCCCCGACACAAAGAUCAACAACGCGGUCUGGAUCACCAUCGCCCUCGUCAUCAUCGUCAUCCUCAACUGCUUCCCGGCAUCCGUGUACGGCGAGACCGAGUUUAUCUUUUCGUCUAUUAAGAUUAUCACGAUUGUGGGGCUUAUCAUCUGUGGCAUCGCAAUCAACUGCGGUGCCAACGACAAGCACGACUACAUCGGCUUCCGGUACUGGAAGAACCCGGCCCCCUUCGGCGUCAAGUACCUUGGUCUUAGUGGAUCGACCGGCCGUUUCCUCGGCUUCUGGGCUGUGCUCACCCAGGCUGCGUUCUCCUACUUUGGAGCCGAGGUCGUCGCGGUCGCCGCCGCCGAGUCCAAGAACCCCGGCCGCUCGAUCCCUCGCUCCAUUCGCCAGGUCUACAUCCGUAUCUUCAUCUUCUAUGUCCUCGGCACCUUCAUCAUCGGCCUCAACUGUCCCUCCAACGACCCCCGUCUCGGCACGUCCAGCGACGCGUCCGCCUCCCCCUUCGUCAUCGCCAUCUCGCGUGCCGGCAUCAAGGUGCUUCCCCACAUUAUUAACGGCUGUCUCAUCUCCUCGGCCUGGUCCGCCGCCAACGCCGACGUCUACAUCGCCAGUCGCUCCCUCUUCUCCCUCGCCAACCAGGGCUACCUCCCCAAGUGGUUCAUGUUCACUCUCCCCAACGGCACCCCCAUCAUCGCGUCCAUGACCGCCGCCUCGUCGGGUCUUCUCGCCUACAUGGCCGUCAACUCUAACGCGAACAAGGUUUUCAACUGGUUCGUCUCGCUCAUCUCGGUCACCGGCAUCAUGAUCUACAUCGGCAUUGCAUGGACAUACAUCCGUUUCCGUGCUGCUGUCGACGCACAGGGAGUCGACCGCUCCCAAUUCGCCUUCCGCAGCUCCUUCGCCCGCGUCGGUGCAUGGGUCUGCAUCUUCGCCCUCCCUAUCAUUGCCUUGUUCUCUGCCUGGCAGGUGUUCAUGGACACCAAGCACUUUGACAAGGCGAACUUUAUCACAAACUACCUUCCCGCUGUCCUCGUGCCCGGCGCAUACGUUGCCCGCAAAUUGUACGCCAAGACCAAGAUCGUGCCCCUCUUGGAGAUUGACUUGGCGACUGGCGCGCGUACCAAGGCCGACGUCCUCGAGGAGCUGGACGAGGCGCCCAAGGGUAUCGGCGGGUACAUCCACCGUUUCCUGUUCUAG